AUGCCUCGAUUCGGCUCCGAGCUCUCAACAUUCUCGCUGCGUUCACUCUCGUAUUAUGGUGUCUCUCUCCAUUGGGAAGCCAUACCGCUCCGGGUUAUCUCGCUCGUGCCUCACUUCCCAAACACCCCAAUUGACCUGACUACUGUGGAUACAUUCACUGAAUAUCAAUACGGCACUAUUGAUGGCGGGAUAUGGCUCAGACGCUCAUAG